AGUUGAGUUUCGUUACGUACGAAAGAUACGAAGUAGAUAAACUAACAUAAACGAGUUUUGAACAGUGUUUAAUUUUGAGAAUAAGAUCUUUUAUAAUAAGAAAUGUUAUGUUGUCAACAGUGUUAUUUGCAAUCGUUAUAAAAUAAUAUGUAAUUAAUAUUGUUGAUUUAUAAUUUCUUCGAUUUCUUUUGUAUUAUAAUUUCUCUUUUAUUACGAAACUUGCUAGGAAAGAAAUUUAGAUUAUAUUUAUGAAAAUCCAUUUAUUACUUCGUUUAAUUUGUUGUUAACGUUUAAUAUUUUCUACGGGAAUUAUAUAUUUUAUUUUUUUAUCUGACAAUAAACUAAAAUAGAAAGUUUUAUUAAUCAUGAACACGGCUCCUGAUUCGAAAGAUGUGCAGGAAUUUCUGUUUAAACAAGCAAAUACAUCUCAAAUAUGUAAUAGUUUCGCAUCCAUUCCAAUAGCUUGCAAUCUUAUUACUGUAGACAGAAAAAGAGGAUUACUUUAUAUAGCAAAUAACGACAAAUUGAUUAUAUUAUUAUCAGGAAGCGAAAUUAAUGUAGAACGCAAAAUAGAAGUCAAUUUACCAUUCAUUAUAUCUAAGAUAACAUUUAAUUGUGAUUAUUCUUACCUUGCCAUUACACCAUUGGUACCUAAAGUAUUCAUCUAUGAUGCUCAUGCCUUCAUAAAACACGAUAUCGUGUUAUUACAUGAAAUUCAAUUAUCUUUAUCAAACGUAGAAACUUUUGUGUUAGAUUUACGAUGGAAUCCUAGUAUGCCAAGAAUGUUCUGUACUGUAACUACAGAUCAUAGUAUUGGUAAUUUUGAAAUAAAAGAUGGAAAAGAAAAAGCAGUUGGAUUAAAAGCUUUAGAGAAAUUAAAUGGAAUUGAUGCAUUAUGUUUGGCAUGGAGCCUUAAAGGAAAACAAAUUGUUGUAGGAUGUAAGAAUGGAAAUAUAGUGCAACUUAAGCCAGAUUUAAAAAUAGCUAGAAUAAUCACAGGACCUAAUCCUUACAUUGGUAAAGUUAUAUCGAUUUUAUGGAUUAGUAAUUAUCAAUUUUGUGCAGCUUAUUUAAAUGAAGAACAUCAUAUCAAUGUACUUAUUAUUGAUGCUCCUAAAGGAGAAACAAAUGCAAUUUUUACGUGUUACGAAGAUAUUACAUAUGGAGUCUUUGAGACAGAAGGAAAUAAAGAUACUCCACGUUAUUAUUUUGAUUAUGUGCAAGAGUGGGGUCUCAUUAUUGCAGCAAGUAGUUGGAGUAGUGAAGUAGCUGUUUUAGGAUCAACAGACAAUGGUAGUAGCUGGAAUCAAUGGAUAUUGAUCGAUAGUGGUAGAGCACAGUUACCACUUAUCAAAACGACAGAAAGUUAUCCAGUUGGUUUGGUCAUAGAUAAAACACCAGUACAAAAAUUACCAUGGGGAACUGAUACAACUCUUCCACAUCCUGUUCCCAUGCUUCAUAUUUUAGGAACUUCUGGUCAAUUGUGUAGUUUUCACAUGGUUAAUUUAACUCCCAAUUGUCCUGGCAUUACUUCGCCACCUACUGAGAUUGUAAACUUAUUACCAUCUUCUCCAAACACGUUACCUUCUAAUGUAUCAUUAAGUUCAGCAAUAACUAGUACUCCCUGUCCAAAAGAAAAUCGAAACAUAACACCUGAACGUCCUAAAACAGCAAUAGCAAAUAUCUUUGGUGAUUCAUUAAAAGCUGCUGGAUUUUUUCAACAACCUCCACCAACUAUGGUAAAUACUACGGAGGAAAAAGUAUCAAUUCCUGUUAAAAUUGAUGUCAAAUCAGAUAUUCCUAAAAAGUCACUUUCUCAAGAAGUUGAAAAAGUGGAUCCCAAGUCUACUGUGACAAAAGAAGUACAUACAAGUGAACCUGUUGUUGAACAAAAAGUACAGAUCGAUGAUAGUAUUUAUGUACGUGCUUUUACAGAAUUACUUACUCUUUUUGAAAAAGAAUUACAAAACAGAUUAGAACCACAAAUAUGGGAGUAUGGAUCAGAAGAAGAAAGAAAACAAUUAGGAGGAAGAUCAGCUAUUAUAGAUCAAUUUCUUACUGAAUUACGAGAAACUACAAAUAGUCUAUCCACCGAUAUUGCUUAUUUAAAGGCUUUACUUUUGCAAUCCUUUGCUUGGGUUGAAGAAGCUAAAUCGAAAAACGCAGUAAAUUCUGAAGGCACUACUAGAAAUUGUGAAAAUAGUAAAAUAGCAGAUACCCAGAGACUUUUUUAUUAUACUCAAUCACAACUUUCACAAGCCAACAAAGUUCUUGAUUUUGAAUGGUCAGAGCAUAUAUAUCAGAAAAAAUCUAAAAUGAAAAUUCCUAGUUUGGAAUUUCUUUAUCAAAAUCUUGUAUUGCAUAAUAAGAUUAUUAUAAAGGAAAAAAGUAGAAUAGAACAACUUAAUAAAAAGUUGAAGUCGUUAAAUCGUACAAAUAAAAUUUCUGGAUUGAAUCAUAUGAUGAAUAAUUUGAAAGUAUCAUCUAAAGGAACAUCAACUGUCCAUGGAAAUACAGAUGUUAUUGAUGCACGGUGUAAAACUAUUGCUUCUAAAACGCUUAGUUUUACAUAUGAAAAACAAUUAAAAUUGAAAAAUUUACUUCUAGAAUCAUCGCCAAAAUUGAUAAAGCCUGCAAACCCAUCUCCUAUUCAAGAUCGUUUAAAGGCUACUUUAUCCUCUUUAGCAUCUCUAAGUCCUGUAAAUACAGAUUCUAAACACAGGAUAGAACAGCCUGUAACCAAAUAUGAUACAGUAGAGAAACAAGCUGUAGAAGGACUUAAACCGCAAUGUCCUUUGGCUUUAUUGAACAAUGUUGUUGCCAAAAUUGGAUCACCCGAUGCAAAUUCAAUUUCGAUUCAAAACAAAACACAAGGCAAACAGUCAUCCAACAUCAUUACUUUUCCUCCUCCAUCUGUGAAUAAAUUUUCACAAAUUGAUAAAAAAUCCAGUAUUCAGACUGCAUAUCCAGAAAGUUUUGAAUCAUUAUCUAUUGGGAAAAAUAAUGCUACUGUAGAUUUAACAGCACAAAAAACUUACAAUAAUAUAUAUGCUAAACCGUUAUCUAAAGAUACAGAAAUCAAAAAUGAUAAUCAAACAUUGACAAAAAAUGCUUUCCUUAAUUCUGAAUCAAUGUCAUUUUCAAAUAACACAUUGACUAAUGCAUUACCAUUAGAACUUUCAUUGGCCAAAAGUCAAUCCAUGCCACGAAAUAUUUCCUCUUCAGUGACAAUAACACCAGUUGCAACAUCAACGAUUGCUAAAACUGAAUCUAUUAAUACAUUUAGUUUUGCUAAUUCAAAUAUGUUGCCUCCAAUUGGAAAAAAUUCGCCAUCAAACCCUCCUACGUCUGCUUCAAAACUAUUUUCUUUUGUUUCGGAAACUAUAAGUUCCAUUUCAUUAUCAGUAACAAAUUCGCCAAAAGAAUUGUUGGAUUUGACGGGAUUAUUUUCAGAUAUCGAGAAAAAUGAUCAGAGUGAAAUUACAUCUUUUAUAAAUAACGAAAAUAUUCCAGCAAAUAGUACGGUUAAAUUAUUCUCUUUAAACGAUACUAAUCCUGCAGUUUUUACUCAGGCUACAACUAAUAAUAAUACAUAUGAAAAUUUAACAUCAAAACCCAAUGUAGAAAAAACUUCUGAAGCUUCAGUUAUACCUACUUCUGGAACAGUUAGUACAACUGAUAAAACAACAUCUAUAUUUGGACCAAACAAUACUCCAAUACAAUCAUUGAAUACAUCAACAUUAAGUACACCAACAUUAUUUAGUGGACAACCAACAACUUCCAAUGCAUCUAUUUUUGGAGGAAGUUCAUCUACUAUUUCACCUGCAUCUACUUUUGCAAUAACUAAAACCACAUCUUCUGCAUCACCAAUUUUUGGACCACAAACAACUACUUCAUCUUCUCCAAUUACAUUUAGUGGAUUUUCUUCUACUCCUUCAAUAAUACCUGACUUUAGUACAACUACUACAAAUCAAAGCACUACUUCGCAAUUUUAUAGCUCUUUAUCUAAACCUAUAUUUGGUCAAUCUGAUAUGACCUUACCAACAACAAAUGCAACUGUGGUAACUACUGCAUCUACCACAUUACCUUUUGGUAGCACUACAACAGUGUCUUCAAUUACACCAGAUUUUGGAAAAGCUGCACAAACAACAGUUACAAGUUCUCAAUUCCCUACAACAACGUCCGUUACUUCAGUUACAAAUAUCUUCGUAAAAGCAACUAUAACAACUGCUUCUAUACCAUUUAACAAUUCUUCAACUACACCUCCAUUUGAUAGUAUAUCUACGCCUUCAUCAACUACCUCUAUUUUUGGAUCAAAUGCUCCAUCAUCUACGAAUACAUCUAUAUUCGGUGGAAAUUCUUCUAUCACAUUUGGUUCGACUUCAACAGGAUCGAUUUUUGAUAAUAACGCUACAAAUAGUUUAAUAUUUGGAGGUGGAGGAGCUACAUCAGGAUCAAAUUCUUUAUUCAGUGUUAAUCCAAAUACUGCAUCUUCAACGGCAGUUGCUAGUUCUCCUUCUGGAUCAAUAUUUGGAAAUGCUGCACCAGCAAUAGGAAAUGCUACUUCAGGAUCUUCCUCUAUAUUUGGAGGUUCUACGAAUAAUAUUCCUACUACAGGGGCAACUUCUGUAUUCGGAACUCCAGUAAAUGGUACACCACCAAUGGUAGGUGGAGGUACACCAUCUGUAUUAGGAUCACAAUCACCCUUUGGUCAAGCAUCUGCUUUUGGUGCUAAACCAGUAUUUGAAUCACCGCCUGGAAUAUUUGAAGCAUCUAAAUCAGUUUUUAGCUCAAUGGGAUUUGGAGGAACAGGAUUUGGUUCUACUUCACAAGGAGGAUUUGGAAGUCCACCUUCUAUAGGUGGAAGUCCUUCGCCACUUGGAAAUACUAUGUCAACUGUAUUUGGAAAUACAACAGGUAGUAAUACAUUUGAAUCCUUAGCUAGUCAAUCUGGUGGUCUCACUUUUGGUAGUUUAGCUCAAAAAACUUCAGAGCCUGAAAAACCUGUAUUUUCAGGGGGAAGUUCAUUCUCUAAUUGGCGAUAAAAAUAGAGAAUAUAAUGUAAUCAUUGCAUAGAGGAAAAGAAAAAUGUAAAAAUUAUUCAUUCCUUGCAUAUAAUUUUUCUACAAAAAUCUAAUUACAAAAGGAUUAUAAUAAAAAACAAUUCUUUUUUUUAGUCAAUUCGAGAUAAGAUAAUUAAUUCCUCAUUCAAUUCUAAUGUUAAAACAUUUGAUGAAGAAAAAGAGAAAUUAUAGAUAAGAUAAAAAGUAAAAUAACAUAAAUUAGAUUUAGAUAUAUAUAUAUAUAUACAAUAAAAAAAAAAAAAAAAAAAAAAAAAAGAAGAAAAAAAAAUAUUUCCAUGUAAAAUAUUUAUUGAUUGUAUAAUAAAACAUUGUUAUUAUACAAAAAUAAAAUUAUAUGCCUCUCUUUAUCGGUUUCGGUGCUAUAGAUACUUUAGUUGGUUUACAAAGAUCUAUAACACAUGGAUCUUCUAAAGGAGCAUGUGAAAAUACUGUAGCCGAAGGCACAAGAAGUGCUAAAGAUAUUUCUACAUUGCAAGCCUCCAUCCAUACUUGAUGUGAUAAAAGUACAGUAGUUCUUAAUCUAUAAUCAUUUUGAUCAGAGUUCUGAAGACGCAAAUCUGAUUGUCGAGGUAACAAUAAUUGUACUUGCUGAUCUGGAUGUCUUAAUUUAACUCUUAAAAUGCCAGGAUCACGUAAAUUUAAUAUUUUAGCUGUUAAAGAAAUGCCUAAUAACAGGCCACCUGUAAACUUCAAUGCAGCGUCCGCAUCUCCUCUAGGUUCUUCGAUAAUAGCACGACAAAAUCGAGUAGAUAUGGACGGUCUUGGGAGUCUUUCUUCACCCUGUAAAGGAGACUUUAAAAGCAACGGUAAUAAAAGCCGUGUCAAUGAUCCUGGCUUUACAUCUGCCAGAUUUGGAAUUUGAAGAACCAAUGCCCUAGAAAAGGGCGGUAAUUUUGAAGUAUCUUGCGGUAAAGAAUCUGCUUCUGACAAAAAAUAACGAGCGAGUGGAAGAGCACUGCCCGUAGCACUUCUUGUAACACGAACUAAUUCUACAGCUAAAGCUUUCAGCCACACGUCAUUAGCUAAUGUUACUUCAGCAUCUCCUAAUCCACUAAACAAUCGUUGCAGCCUGUUUAAUUAAAAAAACAAAAAUUAUGAAAAUUAAUUAUUUGUUAUAGAAAUGAUUAAAAAUUAUAAAAAGAAUAUUGAAACAUAUAUAUAUAUAUAUAUAUAUAUAUACUUUUGUGUAUGUUGAAGUAGAGCAGAAACAUUGUUGGUUGUAUUUGGUACUGGACUUGCUGAUAUUGAAGUGGUUGCAGAGACCGAAAAUUCUUUCAAAACUGAUUUCAAUAAUAAUAAACAGCGAAUGUACAAGGCUGUAAAACGAGCUGCACCUUCCAUUCUAUUAUCCAUUUCCGCGAGACGAUCAAGGUCAAUAGUAGCAGUUUCUAAAAGUUUAGUAUUUACUCUACCACCUGGCCUUGCAUUUUCUAUACCCAUUACUAUUUUUUCUAAAAAUUCUCUUCCUCUACGAUCUCUACGUUCCUCAUUAGCGGUAUCUUCCUUGUUUGGUCCUGAACCAUUAGUUACUGCUGGACGUAAUCUCGGCACUAAAUGUGGCAUUGUAUCGCGCAAAUAGUGAUAAUGUUUAGAAGUAUGUUCCGUAAAUAAGGCAUGCAUACUUGGACAAUGUAAUGCUGCAUUGAAUAUCAAUACCAAUACACUUGCAUCUGAUUAAAAAUGUUAAGAUUCAUAUAAGAAUUUUUUUAAUGAAUUUCGAUGCUGUUUAUAAUAACAAUGAAGGAUACAAGAUGGUUCAUCUACAUCUGGUUCUGGUGUAUCAAAGAAUGGAUGUCGUCCAAGAAGUUGUGGUACUAAAGGUAAAGUAAGAUAAGGAUGCGAAGCUCCCAAUGCCGCCAAACAUACUCUAAUACUUUCUCUAUCUUGUGGAUAACGCGUUAAAUUAUCUAACAGACGAUUGACACACAUGUGAAGACAAUUUCUAGUAGCAAGUUGACUAGCUGCUAACGUAGCAUGCAAACCUUCUCUUACUUCCCCAGAAAAAUCUUCUAGUGCACCCAAUAUUGUUUCCAAUUGAUCUUCUCUAAGAGUGACACUAGCAGACAUUUUUCUUAAAGAUUCUAUUGCUCUUAAUCUAACAUUUUGAAUUUCAUCAUUAAACAUAUCUACCAUAAAAUCUAACGAGAUUCUGGCUAUACUUGGUUGUUCUAAAGAUAAUUUACAUAGUGCUUCAACAGCUGCUGUCCGGACCUAUAAUAAUUAAUAUAUAAUUUAUAAAUUGAUAUUUUAACUAUACACACACACACACACACACAUAUAUAUAUAUAUAUAAAUCAAACUUUUUAUAUAUUGAUUCACCUCUAAAAAUUCAUCUUCUAAACCAUGAAUAAAUGCUCCACAAGAGCCACUCUUUUCUUCGACUUCUGGUCUAACUGCACUAUCCACUUCUACUACUUUUUGUUUCUUAUCCAAUGCUUGUUCUAUAUAACGUCGUGAAACACCUUUCAUUGUACCUAAUAGAGACAUAGCUGAAGCUCUAACGCGUGGCGACAAAUCACCCAUCAAACUACAAAUUUGAGAAAAUGUACAAUCAACCAUGCGUACAUCUUCUCCAUCUAACCCAACGACCAUGCUACAAAUAAAAAGAAAAUAAUUAAUAAAAUACAAACGACAUAAGGUCAUAUUAUUUAUGAUAUCUUACUUUUCAGGAUAUUCAAUACCAAGAAGCCAAAUUAUUUUGAGAACAGCACGUCUCACUAUUUCAUUAUCAUCACGAAGAGCAGCGCAUGCUUCUCCAAAGAAACUAGCAGGCAAUCUACAACCUCUAUGAGAAUGUAAUUCUGCCAUUGUUUCAAAGGCUUGUGCACGAACUCUUGGAUCUUGGGAUCGUGCAUAAUUACCAACAAAAAUAAGUGUAUCGUCUGUAGUAUUAGCUGUUAAAUAUCUUCCAAUUAUAGAAAGACAUCGUGUUUGUACACCAUGCCAUGUAUCUUGUAAAUGUUCACGUGCAACUUUUAAUACCAAAUUUCUAUAAAUUAAAAUUGUAUUAUUUUCAUUUUAUAAUAAUGUUAUUAAUCAAUAUUAAACAAAUGUUAUUUUAAGCAUA